CAUAUUAGGUUAAAAGUAAACAAGAAAGCGUGUUCGCAAUCUCUUCUGCAGUCGAGAAGAGGAAACCCAAAUCUAGGUCUUGCGAAAUCGCUUUUGUUUUCCUAUCGGAACCCUAAUAUUUCAUCGGCUGUGCUAGGGCUAGAUCGGAACAGAUUCUUGAUUCCUGUGCCUGUGCUAUUACUAUAGACAAAGAAUGUCUCGGUGUUUUCCCUUCCCUCCACCUUCAUAUGCGAACAAAGGAGAGGCCUUGGACGAGUUGAUUAAGCUCCGAAAAGAUAAGGAGGAAGCAAAGUUGAAGAGGAAAGAACAUAAAUUGCAGAAAAAGUUAAGGAAAGAACGUACCAGAAAUACCGAGACGGAAAAAAGUGUCGCUGAUGGAAAAGUGAAAAAGAAUGAGGAGGAGAAGUAUCCUCAAGAGAAGAAGAGGGGAAUUGACUUAUAUGACGGGAACCUUUCUAAGGCAGUUGUAGAGAAGUAUCCUCAACAGAAGAAGAGAAAGAAUGACUUGAAUGGCGGGAACCUUUCUAAGGUUGUUGUAGAGGAGAAGUAUCCUCAACAGAAGAAGAGAAAGACCGAAUUAGAGGGCAGGUACCUUUCUAAGGCAGUUGUAGACGAAUCUGAUCAAUUGGAGUCGAGUGAUUUAACUCAAGAACACGAGCAACCCACCUGUUCUGGAAGUGUUAGCUUUGUGUCUGAUAGCACACAAAGCCACCCCAAGAAGAGGAGAUUGCAGGAGUCCUUGUCUAACGACGGCGACAGUGAAAGAAAAAUCAUCCGUAUUCGGCUACGCAAUACUGCAUCUGAAGUCCAUGUUUUAAAGAGUUCAGGCAGUGGCCACAUACCUAGUGUACUGACGAAAUCAGAAUUUGGGAAACAUAGCCUUAAACCUUGCCAAGAAUUGCCAUUGGCUACACCAGAGGGGAGAAAUGAAACGAAGAGGCCUGGCCUCAUCUUUAAACAAAGCCAAGAGUUGCCAUUGGCUCCACAAGAGAACAGGGAAAGCAAGAAGCAUGAAACUCAGAAUCUCCACCUUAAACCAGCUCGAGAGUUGCCAUUGUCUGGCACACAAGAGAGCAAUGAAUCUAAGAGUAAUGAAGCUCAGAAGUUCGACGUUCUUGAACCAGACCUAGAGUUGUCAUUGGAUGCCCGGCAAGAGAGCAAAAAAUCCAGAAAGGCCUCGAAGACUAGUUUAUUUAUUGAUGGUAUUCAAAGCUCGGAUCAGUUUUAUGGAAAAUUGUUAGAGCCUUGGGUUCUUCCAAGGCUUGAAGAGGAGCAUUAUGAUUCUGACGAAGACGAUUGGCUUAAUGGGUCAGAGCAGGAAAACAAGCAAGAGUCUACAAUACAUAAACCCGCCAAUGUUUUGUCAUGUUCUAGGAGCUCCCAUUUGUGGCCACAAGCCAACUACUUGCCGGAAGCUGACAUUUUUGGAUUGCCUUACACCGUGCCUUUUUGAUAUUUUUUUUUAUUAUUUCUAGUCACCCUUUUCAUAUUUAUCUAAUUUUUCAUUUGGUUUAGUGUCUUCUGAACCAAAGAAAACUAUACUAUGGAAAUUUUUCACAUGACAGAGAGAGCUAUAGUGUGUACAUAUUUUACAACGAGCUCCAAUUUGUACCAUGUAAUGAGAAUGAGAAGAAAAUCUCAAAAGUCACAAAUAACUAAAGAAUUUAAUAAUCAUUUUAUUUC